GAGGGUAUAUAUUGAGGGUCAUGGAGAGAGCCACGCCUCCGCUGCCCCUAGAGAGAGUGAGAGAGAGAGUGAGAGAGAGAGUGAGAGAGAGGGUGCCUGUAUGAGUUAACUCGUGCGUGCAAAGGCUAGCUCAAGAAACACACAAACACACACACUAAGGAAACAUGACGGACGAGAAGAAGGUCAAGAAGAAGAAGAAGAAGGAGGAGGAACCAGCCGCCCCAGCAGCUGCCCCGGAACCCAAGGCCGCCCCGCCCCAGCCCGACCCCUCGCCCCCUGCCCCGGCCUCGACCCCCGUGUCCUCCAAGCCCUCCUCGCGCAAGACGUCCUCCCGCCGCGCCAAGAAGACCGGGUCCAAUGUGUUCGAUAUGUUCACGCAGUUCCAGGUGGCCGAGUUCAAGGAAGGCUUUCAGAUGAUGGACAAGGACAAGGAUGGGGUGCUGGGAAGGGGUGAUCUGCGCCAGGUGUUCGACCAGGUGGGGCGGAUUGCGACGGACCGCGACCUGGACGAGAUGCUUCACGAGGCUCCGGGGCCCAUCAACUUCACCAUGCUGCUGCAGAUGUUCGCCGAGCACAACAGCGGCACGUCGGACGAGGACCACGUGGUUGCUGCCGCCUUCAACGCCUUUAGCGAGGACGGCUGGAUCGACGGCGACAUGUUCCGCCACGCGCUCAUGACUUGGGGCGAGAAGUAUUCCGCGCAGGAGGCCGACGAUGCCUUUGACCAGUUCAUGGUGGACGACCGGGGCUUCGUCGACACCGCGGCGGUCAUCCAGCUGCUCACGGGCAAGAGUGACCUGGAGGGGGAGACGGCCCAGACUUAGGUUUGGACGCCUUUCCUCUUCUCUCCAGCGAGGUCAAGUCUUCUCCGUCUCUCCGUACCUCCAUACCUCCAUUUUGACUUCCCUCCAUCCCUCCACUCCUCCAUUCUCUCCUCCCCUCCCCGUCCCUCCCUUCCCUCCAACCUCCCCUUCUCUCUCCUCCACUUGCCAUACAUAUCCUUUCCUUCCUUCUCCUCUUCUUCCUCCUCCUCCUCCUCCUCCUCCUCUUCCUCCUCCUCUUCCCUUCCUCUCUAUAAAUCUUUCUUCUCUUUUAUUUCUUAUCUUCUUUUCCUUCUCUCCUCCUCCUCUUCUUCCUCCCUUUUCCCUUUUGCUACCUCUUCCCUCCUCCUCCUCCUCUUCCUCCUCCUCCUCCUCCUCCUCCACCUCUCCCUCCCUCCCUCCCUCCCUCCCUCCUUCCCCCCUACCCCUCCCACCACACCACAGCCCUUACGAGGCAGCUUCACACGGGACACACACACACACACACACACACACACACACACACACACACACACACACACGGGUUUCCUUAAAUACCUACACGAGACUUUUAUCUAUUUCUGUCUACGUACACACACACACACACACACACACACACACACACACACACGUCAACACCUCAUAAAUUUUAAAGACAUACCUUUCUUAUGCCUCUUCAGGGGCCGCGUUUAGGUCAUUAUCCUCAGUCUGGGGCCCCGUGUUAUUAUCCUCCUUCAAGGGCCCUAUUAUUAUGCUAUCCUCACUCAGGGGCCUCGGGUCAUUAAGCUUCCUCAGGGGCCAUUAGUGAUGCAAGCCUUCGAGGGGCAUCACAAGUUAAGCUUCUUCAGGGGCCCAAAAGUGUUAAUUAUGCUUCUUCAGGGGCGCCCGAUGUGUUAAUUAUCCUUCUUCAGGGGUCCCAAAUGUGUUGAUUAUCCUUCUUCAGGGGCGCCAAAGUGCAUAAGUAUCCUCCUUCAGGGGCCCAGUGUAAACAAACAGAGCCAAGUCCUCGUGAACCUGUCGAGUAAAACAAGAGAAGAAAAAAAAAAUGAUUACCCCCAACCAA